CAAUGGCAACAAGCAUAAUUAGCGAUGGAGACGAAGCUCAAGCUUAUAUUGCCAAUCCAGAUGGCACAUACUCAGCUAUUCCCUUAAGUGCUGCUGGAGAUGUAAACCAAGCAAUUCUUAAUUUAAAUGACCUGGGGAUUGCAAACGAUGAAGAAGAAAUGGUUGUCAUUGCGGCUGACGAGAAUUUAGACAUGGCAACUCUUGAAAGCUUGAUAGCAUCUGGUGCUGUCACUACCGUUACUGGGGAAAAUGGCGCUGAAUAUCUUCAAUUCACGGAUCCUAAUAUGAUAGAUGGGGCCCAAGUGAUAGAAUUAUCUGCUGACCAAAUGCACCUACUUGAUCCAAAUACCAAAGCUUAUUUUGACGGUUCCCUCGUUGCCGGAAACGGGGGCUUUGUAACUCUUCCUGGAGGACCUGGGUCUGGUAUAACCUAUCGUUGUCCAUCAUGUCCUGCAAUGUAUGCUAAUGCAAAUGCUUUCACUAAGCAUAUGCGCGAAAAGCAUUUUGUCAAGGUUUAUACUUGCCGGCAGUGCGAAGAAUUCUUCGAGACGUUAAGUCAGCUAUUUUUGCAUGCUCGUCGUAGCCAUGUUGAUCCUAAAAAGCCUAAACGCAAUCCCGCUAACUACAAGUUUCAUUGCGACCAAUGCAAUUAUAUGACAAAUAAUGGUGGUACUAUGGAACAUCACAAACGAGCGCACACUGGGGAGAAACCCUAUGUUUGCGACGUCUGUAGUAAAAGAUUUGCCCAGAAGGCAAAUAUGAAAACACAUAGAAAUCGACAUAUACACAAAGAUAAGAUUUUUCGCUGUGACACCUGUAACAAGGCGUUUUCUUCCUAUGAUAUAUAUUUGGCUCAUCUGCGGACUCGCGAACAUGAAUUACGUGAACACUUUGCUAUGAUGGCUUCUUCUCAAUUGGCCCUUGAAUGCCUUGGAUGCGCUGUCACAUUCGAUAGCAUUUAUAAUCUUAACAAACACACUAGGAGUUGUCGAAUCGUCAGAACUCUCCAGACUAAAUUCCGCUGUCUUCCUUGUAAUGCCUACGUGAGCGACGUUGCUUCGUUAAAAGCCCACGUUAAGGCACACGAAGGCAGUCAGAUUAUCUCCUGUCCUGUUUGCGGAGAACGUGGUUUUCCUGGAUUCAACCAAUUAAAUCAUCAUAUUACCAGGGCUCAUGCUCUGAAGGUCAACAGACGACACGUGUGUCGCUAUUGUGAGUCG